AUGGGGGUCGGUAAUGUGCUAUAUGCUGCUGCUGUAGCUGUGUCUUUAUGCACAGACUACGUUGCAGCAUCAUCGCCUCAUGGCCGGUUUGGCCAGCGUGCUCGCGACUCGGUCAAUCUGGCGAAGCGUGCUUCUCACCUCCAUAAUGCUACUGCCUCUGGAAAACUCCCUAAAUCGGACUUUCGGUUCCUGACGGACAAGACAUCGCCCUUUCUCGUCGACCAUCUUCCCGACGUGCACUUCGACGUGGGUGAACUCUAUUCGGGGCUGAUUCCUAUCGAGAAGGGCAACGAUUCGCGCGCUCUGUUCUUCGCCUUCCAGCCGAAACUCGGCGAUCCCGUUGACGAAGUCACCAUCUGGCUAAACGGCGGGCCGGGGUGUAGUUCGCUUGAAGGCUUCUUUCAGGAGAACGGCCGCUUCUUGUGGCUGCCGGGCACCUACCAGCCGGUGGAGAAUCCGUAUUCGUGGGUGAAUCUGACGAAUGUUUUGUGGGUCGACCAGCCCGUCGGGACGGGCUUCUCGGUCGGUAAACCGACAGCCAUUUCACAGGAGGAGACCGCUGAGGAUUUCGUCAAAUUCUUCAAGAACUUCCAACAGACGUUUGGGAUCAAGAAUUUCAAGAUCUACGUCACCGGCGAGAGCUACGCGGGGCGAUACGUACCCUACGUGAGCGCUGCUAUGCUCGAUCAGAAUGACACCGAAUAUUACGAUCUAGCUGGCGCCCUCGUCUAUGACCCCUGUAUCGGGCAGCACGAUGUCGUGCAAGAGCAGAUCCCCGCCGUUCCCUUCGUCCAAGCGAAUGCCAACCUCUUCAAUUUCAACAGCUCCUUCAUGGCGCAGAUCGAAGAAAUGCACCAGACAUGCGGCUACGCUGAUUUCAUCGACCAGUACCUCGUUUUCCCGCCAUCCGGCGUCCAACCACCUAAGUACUUCAACUAUAGCUCGGAGGCGGACCUUGCCUGCGACGUCUUCGACCUGAUCAAUAACGAAGCCUUCGCGGCGAAUACCUGCUUCGACAUCUACGAGGUCAAUCUCAUGUGUCCCCUGCAAUGGGACGUACUUGCUUUCCCAACAGAGCUUACGUACCAGCCCGACGGGGCGCCGACGGUCUACUUCGACCGGCCCGAUGUGAAGCGGGCCAUGCACGCACCGCAGUCAGUCGAAUGGUCUAUCUGCUCAAACCACGCCGUUUUCAUGGGCGGAGAUGCUGGCCCCGAGUCGGAAGGCGACAUCUCGGCCAAUCCGAUCGAGCACGUCCUUCCGCAAGUGAUCGAAGCGACGAACCGCGUGCUUAUCGGCAACGGUGACUACGACAUGAUCAUCAUCACGAACGGCACACUGCUCUCGAUCCAGAACAUGACUUGGAACGGGAAGCUCGGCUUUCAGGAACGGCCAAGCGAGCCGAUCUACCUUGGUGCGGACCUGCCGGAUCUUGAGUGGGCAGAGGUCCGCGCAGAAAACGGGCUGGAUGUUAACCAGCCGCAAGGGACGAUGGGAGUCCAGCAUUAUGAGCGCGGGCUCAUGUGGGCUGAGACGUAUCAGAGUGGGCAUAUGACGCCGGAGUAUCAGCCGCGCGUGGCGUAUCGGCAUCUGGAGUGGUUGCUGGGGAGGGUCGAGAAGUUGUAG